GAAACUUCCAAACAAUGGCGGGGAAAUGGGCCCCACGGGCACUCUCCGGGACUGCAUCAGCUCGGCCAUUGACGGCUCCCCACGUUGGCCUUUCUAAUCGCGAUUAGGGAACUAUUUCAUCAGCGCCACCCUCCAUCAAAAUCCGAACUGUGUGCGGGCCUAAACCUUAACCAUAGUCGGGUCGAUCAGAGGCAGCCUAUAAAUAUCCGAAUGUCGCCCUUUUGAGUAGUGCCUAAGUAAAUGCGAGCUAUUGGGGACUGGCUCUUCUCCUCUUUCUUCUCCUCGUAAACCGCGUGAGGUCGAAGCCCUUCCCCUUAGCACGCCAUGUGUCCUCCAGCUGCUGCCCCUCCCAGGGACCUUAACUAUAACUGUACUGUUGAAGAACUAAUAAUGCAUUUGGAGAAAUUGCAACAUGGUUCCCCUCUUCCAAGAAAUGUGAUCAUUGAUGUAAACCCAUAUUGCCGCAGGCCCGAAAAUUUACCUGAUAAGAUGUGGUACUUCAUUCACUCGGAGUAUAACAAAGCAACAGAAGUCGGUGUCUGGAAACCCAAAGGGGAGCCCUCCCGUGUUUUCUCGAACACUUCUAUUAGUGGCUGGAGGACAACUCUGGAAUUCUUUGAAGGGCAAACUCCUCAUUCUCCGAAGAAAACCAAUUGGAUCAUGCAAGAAUUCAAAGUAACUCCAAACAAAAUAGAACAUAGUUUUGAUGGGUCCAGGGUGCAUGAACCCAGUAUGCUUUGCAAAGUCUUUCACUCUGCUGAAGACCUAUGUGACCCUGAAUUAGAGCCUAGAAUUGGAGGCAAUGAUUCUUUAUAUGAGAAAAGUCUCAACCCAAUCCCUUUGCUGCUCAGUACCGACAGCCGUUUUGAGAAAGGAUCCACUAGCAAUCAUGAGGAAAAUGAUCAGUCCGAUAAAGUCAUAGCAGAGAUCCCUCCAAAUGAUCCUGUUGCAGAAAAUCUUUCCGACGAUGAUUGUAUCUCUAGGGGUGACUACAUAGAGCUGUGGGACCUUGAAACUCGAGGAUCUCCUUCUUCCAGCUCGGACAACUCAAGCUGUGUGACGAUGUCAUCAGAUGAAUGUUUUGACUCCUUAGCUCUCUUGCAAGACUUGGAGCCUGCCAAAGAUCCAAACUUGGAGGGAAGAGACAUCUCGAAUUGCCAUCCCAACACCUCUGCUUCUGAUCGACCAGACGUGGCUGUCAGAGGAACAGCUGCUUCAGGAUCAUUGAUCAUCAAUGAACCGAGGAACCUGCCUGACCAAGAGACCCGCAGGACCGAUCUUCCCUCUCCCACUUUAGCUAAGGGCAGGGAGAAGAAGAGGGAGUGCAGCCAUGAGAAUCCCUCCCCGAAUUCUUGUGAAGCGACUCCAUCGACUAGCAGGCAGUCUUCGGACUCAGAAGGGAGCAAGAAGGGCAACGGGAGGAUCAAGAGACCCAAGAAGAAGUACCUGUGCUUCCUCCCAUUUCAGUUCUUUUUCUGACAAUCAGACCAGGGAUAACAGCAGCUCAGGAUUUGUCAGGUAGAGCAGAUGAUCUUUAUAUGAUUUCUAGAAUCUCUUGAGCAGUGAGAAAUAUAUCAUAUUUAGGAUAUGUUUGUCCUUGUGUGUUGUGUAUUAUAUUAGGGGGUGUUCUGUUUAAUGUGUAGUUUGUCAGUUUGAUUAGUAGCCCGGGGAAAUUCUCCGGUUCAUACCGUGAUUUGUCCAGGAGGUCCAUAUGACCGUUAGAUUAGCAUGAGGUCCAUUGAUCCAACGGCUGUGAGGGCCUCGAGAACCGUACAGUUUACGGAUAGGAGAAGUCCCCAAAGGCAGAGAUAGGAAGUUAAUAACCAGUUCUUGAAUUGUCCACGCAAUUUGGGAAUGUAUUCAGUAUCUAAUUUCAUUUAAUUCAAGUAUUGAUGAUAUAUAA